AACCUGCAAAGCCAAAAAUGGAGGUCGUAGAAAAUGGGGAGAAAGCCACGGAAUGUCCAAACUGCUCGGCGGCGGCAGCAGCAGCAGCAGCCGGAGUACUAUCGAAGAGUGCCCAGAAGAAGCUGCUAAAGCAGCAGAGGUGGGAGGCGAAGAAGGCGGAGAAGAAAGCGCAGGAGAAAGAGCACAAGAAGAGAGAAGGAGAGCGGAAGCGAAAGGAAUGGGAGGAGACUCUUGCCAGCUUAACCGAAGAGGAAAGGUUGAAGAUGAUAGAGUCCAGGAAGAGCUUGAGAAAGGAGAGAAUGGACAAGAGGUCGGAAGAGCGAGACAGAAAAAACGAGCGGCUCAACAGAGCCAAAUUGUCUGGACAGAAGAUGGUGAUUGAUCUUGAGUUCUCUCACCUCAUGACUCCCUCGGAGAUCAACAGCCUCGUUCACCAGAUUAUGUAUUGUUAUGCGGAGAACGGGAGGAGUAGUGAGCCAUGUCAUCUGUGGUUGACUGGGUGCAAGGGAGAGAUGGGUACACAGCUGCGGAGGUUGCCCGGGUUUGAUAACUGGAGUGUUGAGAGGGAGGAUAGGUCCUACAUUGAAGCUUUGGAGGGUGAGAAGGAAAACCUGGUGUAUCUGACGGCUGAUUCGGAGAAUGUGGUGGAUGAGCUGGAUCGGAGCAAGAUAUAUAUUAUUGGGGGAUUGGUGGAUCGGAAUAGGUGGAAGGGGAUCACAAUGAAGAAAGCUGAGGAGCAGGGGAUACAGACUGCGAAGCUCCCAAUUGGGAAGUACUUGAACAUGUGCAGUUCCCAGGUCCUGACUGUGAAUCAAGUGGUUGAGAUUCUCCUCAAGUACUUGGAAACCAAAGACUGGAAGGCUUCCUUCUUCCAAGUGAUUCCGCAGCGAAAGCGAUUGCAAGCAGCUGAGGAUUCAUCAGAGGAACCUCAACAAGAGGAAGUAGAAGGAAAGGAAAAAAGUGAAGAGAAUGAUGGUGAUAAUCAAUAUGAAAGCAAAAAGCAGUGUGCAAAUGGCCCUCCUUCGAUGGAGCAAGUGCCUGCUGCCUGAUUGUAUCGACCAAUCUAGUUGUUGUGUCUUGUAUAAUUUUGAUUCAUUAAUCAUCAAAAUGGACCAGAGUAGCUUAAAGUGCAUAACAUCCACAUUGUUU